ACUUACAGCUGGUUCCUGAUUCCUAUUGGUUUCUAACAGUUCAGCAACAGGAUGCAGCUGAUUUCCCUGUCAGUUUCUUGGAAGCCAGUGCUGACAUGUCUACAUGCUGUCCUGCUCUGUCCUGCAUUCAAGCCUUGGGUAUGCCACUGCAGGAUGAAGUACAGCAUGAAGGUUUCUGUGCUCGAGAGGCAGAUAUUUGACUUCCUUGGUUAUCAGUGGGCACCCAUCUUGGCAAAUUUUAUACACAUUAUUGUAGUCAUACUUGGCUUAUUUGGAACCAUCCAGUAUAGACCUCGUUACAUAACAGGAUAUGCUGUCUGGCUGAUCCUUUGGGUUACAUGGAACGUGUUUGUUAUCUGCUUCUACUUGGAGGCUGGGGACCUUUCAAAGGAAACAGAUCUCAUUCUGACUUUUAAUAUCUCAAUGCAUCGUUCAUGGUGGAUGGAGAACGGGCCGGGCUGCACCGUGACUUCAGUAACUCCAGCUCCAGACUGGGCGCCAGAGGAUCAUCGCUAUAUCACUGUCUCGGGGUGUUUUCUAGAGUAUCAGUACAUAGAAGUGGCUCACAGUUCUCUUCAGAUCUUCCUUGCACUACAGCUAUUUCAUUUGUUUUGCUGCACAAAGCUAACUGUCGCUGCAGCCUGUGCUCACAUACUGGGCCAAAUUCUACACUUUGCUCUUCUCUACCAUGGGUGCCUCAUCUGCAGUGCUGUGACAUCUGAGUACGUGGACUGUCCAAUGCACUCUGUGAAGACCACAGCUCUGCCUGUCCUUCAUGCCUAUGUAUUACUGAAAUGAACUGGUCUGGUGAUGGCAUGGCUUGGGUACUCAUAUACUUCAUACAUUAAAAUGUCCUUAUGUGCUUAAUGGUUAUUGAUUCUCGCUGCUUACAUCAGAGAAACUGUUUCAUUUUCAUGACUCCUGGGUCAUCCACAAUAGAUAGAUAUACUUAAAUUACUGAUCUCUGGAGAUGAUUGUUCCAGGUAAAGAAUGAGAUCAGUGGUUCUAAUGGAGAUUUGACUUGAUAUUGGUUGGUGAAAUUUGAGUUACAUUCUGCAUACUAUGUAUGGAGUGGAGGUUGAAUUAAAGUUCCCGCUGAUCCCUAGGCAACAAAGGAGGGAAACCAUAGGCAGGCAGUGCCUGGGAGGACACAGUGAGGGGUGUACACCACUGCUGACCUUAGCAUGUAAUGUCAGUGCUGAAAGAAGACCUUGGCUCUGUGUAUAAAUGACAUAUGAUGCUUUUUUGGUCACAUAAAAGUGUCUCAGUCUUACAGUCUCAGAGGUGCCCACACCAUUGACAUCUAAUUCUAACUACAGAUUCUAUGUAGAAUUUUCUUCAUUUGGAUUUUUAUUGAACGCAUCUUAGUACAGAAAACGGAAAUCAUUUCAGUUCAGGACCUGAGCUGUGUGUCAGGUCAGUGGGUUAUGCUUCCAAGUCUACCACAAUGUCCUUGAGAAAGUAAUUUCUUCUCUGUGAAACCAUCUGCUGCAGUGAGGAAAGCAUUCCUAAAUUUGUCAUGUUCAGUUUAUAAGACAAUGUACCAUUUGCAUAGAUAGGGAUCCGUCAGAUCUCUCAAAAAGCCUCUAAAUGUGGAUGGCACCCAGCACAGUAAGGCCGUUAUGUGGUACAAGGAAAUUAUAAUAAUGGUAAUUGCAUUUCAUACAGAAACAGCUCAGAUUCUCUACAUCUUCCUUCUGCCUGUGUUUUACUCUUUGAUUAUGCAUGACCUGCCCCCACUCCCACAAAGCUGUUCUUGCAAAAGUCGACAAAUUAAAAUCCAUUUGUAGAUCAAAACUCUGAAAAUAUGCAAAUAAAAGAUCAGCCAUGGAGAUAAGUGUGACAAAAUUACAUAUCUAUUUGCCAACUCAGGAUAUAAAGUAUUUAUUAUGCUUGUCUUUUAUUCAUCACUUACCCACUCACAAGUCUAUUGAUUUUAGUAGAACUAAGUGCCCGAGUUAUGGGAAUAAGAUUAAUGCAAAGGCAUCACCUUAGCUAAUUUAGUUUUUAGUUAUAUAGACCUCUAAAAGAUGAAGUGUGUAACAUUAUUCCAGUAAAACAAGUGGGCAAAAAGCAUUUCUUACAUACUGUAUCUAUAUUAUUGAUGGUAACUUACAUACCAAAUAAAUAAAACCAUA